CCAGUGAUGUAAACACACGUCUGCAGGGUGGGUUCUGUCACACUGUGUCCCAGGCAGGCACUCCCGUCCCAGUCUGUCCCACUCAGGCACUCACACCCGUCCCAGCCUGUCCCACGCUACACGUGACAAAAAAAGGCUUCACCCCAACGUCAACAAUAUUGUACAGCGAGGGAGGCAGCGAUAUGUGAAGGUGUCUUCAAAUCUGACACCUUGCAUCAUUGACGUUAUUAAGAGUACUGUACUGUAUUAUAGAAGAAUUUGUUGAAGUAAAAUAAUCAAAAUGGCUCACUUGACAUUCCGACAAGAAUACCUGCAGAUGCCUCCAGUGACACGUGCUUAUACAACUGCUUGUGUUAUCACCACCAUACUUGUGCAACUGGAUAUUGUGUCACCAUUUCAGCUGUACUUCAACCCUAUCCUCAUUUUCAGACAUUAUCAGCUGUGGAGACUGUUGACAACAUUCCUCUUCUUUGGGACUAUAGGCUUUAACUUCUUAUUCAAUAUGAUAUUCACUUACCGUUACUGCCGCAUGCUAGAAGAAGGCUCCUUUCGUGGACGUACAGCUGAUUUUGUCUUGAUGAUGAUAUUUGGUGGAGCAUGUAUGCUGAUUUGUGCCAUGUUCUGCUCCCUCCUGUUCCUGGGUCAGGCCUUCACCAUAAUGCUAGUGUAUGUGUGGGCACGGCGGAAUCCCUUUGUUCGCAUGAAUUUCUUUGGCAUUCUCAACUUCCAGGCUCCUUACUUGCCCUGGGUGUUAUUAGGCUUUAGUGUUCUCCUGGGAAACUCGAUCCUGGUUGACUUGGUGGGAAUUGCAGUUGGUCACAUCUACUACUUUCUCGAAGAUGUUUUCCCAGCACGAUCUGGAGGCAUCAGGCUUUUGAAGACUCCACGUUUCCUUGUGCAGUUAUGUGAGCCCAAUUACGAGGGCCCAAACUACAAUCUUCAACCGGAAGAGCGACCUGGUGGUUUUCCUUGGGGUGAACAACCACGGGGAGAACAGCAGCAGCAGCAGCAACAGUAAAACUGCAAGUCAACCUUGAAAUAAUUAAAAACAAAAAAAUUAUAAUUAUAAUGGUAAAGGGUUCCGUGCAAUGCCUAGGACUGUUUUCACUAAGGCCAAUUCUCAUUUUAAGUCGAGAUCAGUGAUAAAUAUCAUUAGUUUGAAAGCACAGAACUUCUAUUUGAGAAAGAGCAAAUCUUGGCAUAGCUUUAUCCUUUUGUAUAUUUUAAAAUUUUGUACAGUCUGUCUGAUUAAUACUGACUGCUAGCAUAAUUGAAGAGACUUUGUCAGCAGAAAUAAUUUUGAUGCAGCGAUAUGAAAAACCAGCAUUUACAUUUAGGGUAAUUAUUUUUGUAAAUUUCUUUUCUUAAUGCUGUAACUGGAAUGGCAUCACUUGCUUUCUUCUUUAAAACACUUCUAUUUUCACACUGUUGAGAUUUUCAUUGAUGAUUGUUCGAUUCUUCAUUUGAGUAUUGUUAGACAAACUAAUCGAGACCGAGAAGUACUGAGCGAGUUUGUGUAUACUGCAUUACUUCGGUUGUACUUAAAAUUACUGUUGACAGUAAUUGACAGAAGACAAAUUUGCAGUAUUUUCAGGAUAAAGAAAUCAAAGAUUUAUUCCACAAGUGGUUAAAUAUUCUUACUGGUUAUCGUGCAGGUUUGUUACUUGCGAGGCCCUCAGCAUGCUGAGCAUGGGAGCAUAAGUCACAGUAACCUGGCUGGGACAAAUAUACACUAAACCAUUGAAUUGAAGUGUUAAUGCUUUGGUCUGUCUUCUGUCAUUAUCAAGUUGAAACUGAUAAUGAUUCAGACAGUAUCGAGUUGUUGCUAGUUAGUUUGUGGGGGUUUAUAGUUUAUUUUGGUUUAGAAUUUGAUACUUCUAUUAAAGUAUCAAAACAAGUUACAACAUAAUUGGCAAAAAUUAUUAGGAAAGAUGGUUAGUAUUACUGUAGAGUGUUAACUAGAGCAUUAUAUUACAGAAAUUCUAAAACAGUGAUGUAUAGCUAUCUUGGCUUAGCACUUUUAUUUAUAAUUACUGUACUUACAGAAAGUCUAAUAAAUUGAUCAAUUCUGAAUAAAUAUCUUUUAAGUAAAACAUUUCCAGAGCGAGAAUUUACAUGGAGUUAAAACUUGAACAGCAGUAGGAAGUCAAACCUAAAUUGUAGAGGAACAUUUUCAUACUACAGUAUUGAAAUAUACAAAUAUAUGGUUUAGUGUUAGUUUUGUUAUGUUUUUAUGUACAGUAAUAUUUCUACUGGGGGAUUUAGCUAUUUAAUGUAACCAUCUUCUUGUACGUUGUCACUAACUUUGUCUGUAUAAUAGUGUAUAAAACAUGGGUAUGUUCUAAUACAUAAUUACUAGUAAUGAUAUUAGUAAUCACUGCAAAAAGUAAUACUAAUACUGUUAUGUCAUUGGCCAUUAUUCCCGAGCUUCUGCUUUACUUAAAACAUUGAGCAUCCUAUGGACUUUAUACGUGUAAUAUAUGCAGAAGUGUGCAAAUAUAAAUAUAAAAUUAUACAAGCAAUAUAUUUUGCUAGUAUAAGAGUGUGAAACUCUCUUUAGAGUUUCAGGAUAUAUGUGACAGUAUGGAUAACAUCAGAAAAAGCAUCACGAAAGAAAGUUUUUUUACUACUUCCAAAUUUGUGCUUCCAUGCAAAGUAAUAAAGAGCCAUUGUGCAACUUUAAUGUUUCUCGAAUGCGCAAAGUUGCAUCAGCGUCAUCAUCCUUACAAAUAAAGAUGUACCAAACUUGAAAUGCAUUUGCAUCCAGAAAGCCAGUGAUAUCAUUCCACUGUACGGUAGUAUUAUAUAAGCAAUUAGACUACGAAUUAUCCAGUUUAUGCGAGCCAAAUUACGUGUUAAUUUGCUAUUCCUAAAUAAUCACAAUCAUAUUAAUGUGUGUGUAUCCUUGUUCUGGUAUAAAAUUGGACCAACACCUACAAGUGUUUAUGGACAAAGUGAACUUGGCAAUGGCAAAAUACUGACAUUAACCCCUGCACUGCUCACCCAUUUUCGGCAAAAAUGUCUUGGUGCAAUUUUCAAGGAUAUAUUUUUGUUAUUUUUAUAAUUGUUUUGGUAAAGUUAAUGUCAAAAUGUUUCCAAAGUCAACUAUUUCCAUUUCAAAACACAAAGAGUAAUGAAAACAUUUAAAAAUAUUAAAAUAUAGCCUAAUUAAAAAACAAAAAGCACAAAUCUCAGAGCGCCUAAAGGCGCUUUGCGCAGUGCAGUGGUUAAACAUGGUAUUCUGGUGUACUAAAGAUGAGGCUGUGUAUACACUGGUUCAUCCAUUGCUGGCCAAACCCAACGGUGCUUUACCUAACUCACUGAGGAACACACAAAUCAUCCACUACAUAAUGCUGUAUUACAAUACUGCACUAUAGAUUUUGUCUUUUCCAGUGAAAGGAAUUGUUUCAUAUUACCAUCAUGUACUAUCUUUACACGAUUAACUAAUCUUCAUAAUUUAUAUUUAAAUAACAGGUAGAGAAUAAAUGUUCUUUGGACAUUCAAAAAUUAAGACUACUCUAAAUUCUUUUAUUUAAUAGACACGAUACAACUGUUUUGUAAACCGUGACAAUUUUUGCUUUGCCCAAAUUAUAUAAACAAAGUAUUGAAAGAUAAAUACAAUCUUAAGCUGAAAAGCAUACAAAACCAAUGCAAAUAAGCUCAUACACUGCAUCAAAAUAUGUUUGUAAAUAUGUGCUGUCAAACUCAGAAGCUGUUAGUAAAGAAACUGUCAAUAAGAUUCAGUUGAUUAAAAGGAUUUGUAAUUAUUGAAGAUGUUUACCAUAUAUACAUAUCGCCAAGAACUCUCUUGACCUGGCCAGGAUUCGAAUCCCUGCUGCCCAGGAUCACUUCCCUGGUGUACAGAGAACUAUAAUCAUUACACCAUUGAGUGUGUAGUGGUUAUAGUACACUGUAUGCUAGGGGAGGGGGUGAUCACGGGCAGCUGGGAUUCGAAUCCUGGUUGGGUCAAGAGCGUUCUUGGCGAUUAAUGGUUCAAGGGUUCAUGCAGCCUUUGUGUCACGAUAUACAGUAUAUUAUUUAUAUAUAUAUAAUUUCCCUAAUUGAUGGAUUUUGUAAGAUUUAUUACAUUUGUAAUAUACAGUAAUAGUAAAUUAUAUUUUGAGUUUUCAAGUUUUAGAUAAAACAGACUACCCUGUACAUGUAUUUCAUCACCCAUGAAACCAUUUUUUACAUAAAUAAGGAGAAUGUUUGAAAUCCUUUACAGGCACUUAAGAUGCAACUUUUUUUUUUUUUUUUUUUGGGGGGGGGGGGGGGGGGACAAUUGCCCAUUUUCUGCCCUAAUGAAGUUAUAUUUCUCACAAAUUUGAUAAGCAUUUGGUAUAUGUUGAACUGCUGUACUGUAUUUGACUUUGAAUGCAGGAUAUAUAAUAAAAUUGUACAUGCAUUACAUGGUUUAAUAUAAAUUGUGCAAAAUGUUUUGCUUCCUAAUUUGAUGCUACAAGUUAACUAAAUCUAGAUGUAAAAGUUUGGAGCAUUACAUUUAAAAUGUUUUAGGAAAGUUUAUAUGUGAUGGGGUAAAAGGAACUCUACUACAUGAGUAAUAGUGUACUUAUAUUUAAUACUUACCUUUGACCUUUUUAUAUAUGCUGUGCUAUAUUUUCUCAUAUGGAGUGUGACUUGUUAUCGAUGCAAAAACCUAACUUGGGUCUCAGAUUUGUUAUUCCAUAAUUAUGUUUGACAAAUGUGUAUGCCCAAAGAUCAAAUCACUGCAUAUAAACAAGUUACUGAAUACAAAUUUUUGUUCCAAUAUGCCGAAUGAAGGAUAGAUACGAACUUUUGAAUGUUUAUGUAGUUUUGCCCCCUCAUGCUAUUAACUUGGGUUCAGGAUCCUGCUACAGAAAGUUACUUCAAACUUCCAGAAGUCAGAUAUGUACCACCAUUUCUUAAUACAAUACUGAGAAUUAAAAACUUUAUUGGGGGUUAUAUACCAAGCAUGUCAUGCAUAGAGAAAUAUUUGGCUCUACGAUGUUUCUAGAAUUUUAAAAUUAUCCAGUGCAUUAAAAGUUUUGUAAAACACGAGAUACUAUAUUUUAUAAUAGAUAUCUCAUGUUUUAGAAAACAACUGAACCAGAAUGUUCCCUCCAUUAUUUAAUGGAUAACUAUUUCCUAUAAUGAUGAAUUCUACAAAUACCUACAAAAUAUUCUUGGAACUACAGUAUAGUGAAUUUAAUGUGAUUUUUACUUACUUGGUUCUGACUUGGUACCUUCUUUUAGUAUUUACUGUAUUUGAAUUACUAAAUUCCGAGUAUUUACAAAGUAAUUUUCACUACUUUUUUAAUAGUUGUUCUUCAAUUUAGUGAAUUUGUUUCCAGUAUCCUAUGACAUUAAGUGGAAAUUUAUCUAACCUAAUUGCAUAUGGUAGUUCAAAAGAUAUGCGGUGCAACAGUGUACUGCCAGAUUUAUGUUUUGGUUUUUGCAACAGUAUAUAGCAUUUACCUGUUUAUUUUUGUGUGAUCCACUAUAGAAAUGAGAGGAAAUUAGCAUUUACCCAAACUUCCUACACUUUUGGUGUGGCUAAAUAUAAUUUUUGCGUAACCCUCAAAGAAUGGCAAUCAUAAAAUAUGACACCUUAACUGUGCAUAAACAAAAAAUUAAAUAAUUACUUGUGGAAUGUUGAAUUUUAACGGAAAAAAAUCUAGCUUCAUAUACCAUUGACGGGGGAGGCAUUGGAUGGAGUGAGUACCCAUUUUGAAUUUUGAUGGUUUUCAUGUUUGUUGCAUCUCUUUAGUUUACACAGUGUUGAAUAACUUGAUUUAUGUGAUUUAUGUACACAUAAUUGAUGAAAGCAGUGAUGGAUUACUGUAUAUAGGCUUACAAUGUAAUAUGUACACCUGUUCGCAGCACUGCUCAAAGGAAGUGCCAUGCAGCCCACUCUUUGCUGUUAUUCCAUCUAGUAAUGUCUUUACAAAAAACACUGGUGGGUAUUGGCAUAUUGUGAUCUGAUGAUAACCACAAGCCAGUAGUGUAUGAUAGUCUCAUUGCAAAAUGUGCAGUCUUUUUCCAUGGGUUUUCAUUAAAUUCAUUAUGUCCAUAUAGAGGUAUUUAUAUAAUUUUGGUGUAAACCUGGUGCUAUUAGCUAAAAUUGGCAAAUGACGAUAACCAUAUUCACCUAGAGAUCAACAUAUGAUGAUAACCACUCUUUAAGGGUUAAGAAAUGCAGUGAAUUAUUGAAAUGAUUGUUUAAAUUACUAUGUAUUGAUCAAUUAUCUGUAUGAGAUUUAGUUUGUGUAUACUUAUCCUGAAAAAAAAAAGGAGUAGUUAAGUGAGUUAUGUUUGCAAUGGUUGUGGAAGCAUUGUUGAUAAUGAAAAUCUUUAUAAAAAAAAUUGCAUUUGUUAAAGAUGCAUGGAGCAAAAAUAAAUGAGCACAAAAA